CGUUGCCCGGGCGACGCAGGCUGCGGCGCUUCCGCAUCCGCUGGGAGUGCGGGGUGGGCUUGGGCCCUAGCCGCGGCGAGCGGAGUCUUCUCGGGCCGUGCCGGUCGCACUCAACGGAGACCCUCGGCGGGCCGGUGGAGGAGGCCUGGACAGGAGGUUCCCGGCACGUAUCCUCGGCUGCGCGGCCCCCGCGGCGUCCCCGGCCCACCCGACAGCACCCGGUCCGCGUGGCGUCCCCGGCAUGAGGAACACGAGCAAGGAGUUGCAGGGCGCGGCCGGCCGCCACGCCCCCUGCGACUGGUAUUACCACCUUCCCGUGAAGCGGUCUGACAAGCCCGUGGAUGUCCCACCAGCCUCCCAGAUCCCGGGCCUCAGUGAUCUGAAGGAGCCUCCCAAUGGGCACCUGCCUGGGCCCCGGAGGUACUGGGUAAAAGAAACAGACUCCGAGUACGUAAAGCUUGCGAAGCAAGGCGGCCGGCCCGAUCUGUUGAAGCACUUCGUCCCCGGGACCAGGAAAGGCUCCCCGGUGGCCUACUCCUUGCCAGACUGGUACAUCCACCACAGCAAGCCACCCACGGCCGAGCAGAGACAGAUCCCCGCCAUCUCCAUGCCCGAUUACAUGGUUUACGAAGAGUUUAACCCCCAGCAGAGCAACGGAAGCUAUGAGUCCAGGAGGGGGCCUUUCGACUUCGACGUGAAAACGGUUUGGCAGAGGGAAGCCGAGGACCGGGAGAAGGAGAAGAAAAAGGUGAGGCUCCCAGCCAUUAACUCAAAGUACCCAAGCAAAGUGGGGACCCCACUCGGCCCCAGAGACCCUGCAGGAGGCAAACUCUCCUUUCCUCCCAUGCCUGGUCAAAAAGCCAGUUCACCCACAAACUUUUCCAAACUUAUCAGCAAUGGCUAUAAGGAUGAGUGGCUACAGCGAGCUGACUCAGAGAAGAGGAGCCCACAGACCCCCAGGGCGGCGCCCCCAUCUCCGUCCACGCAAGAGCCUGAAGGGAGCCAGGAUGCAGGGUCGGAGCCAGACCCGGAGGUGCCCGGGGGCGCCGAGGACGUCCAAGGAGGAGCCCCACCUCCAUCGGCGUCCACGCCUGGAGAGCUCAAGUAAACCCCCACCUGCUCCGCUCCCAGGAUCUUCUGAUGGCGGAUGAGUCUAACUGCAUGCCGGCUCUGUUUCUGAGGCUCCUGCUCUAUUCGGUGAACGUAGGUUCUUAGGAGAUCGGCUCUUAGAGCCGACUUGACACCACUGUCAAGACGGUGCAAGUGUUGGGCGCUGCUUCCUGCAUCUCUCCAGGAUGUGAAACAGCGCACCUCGCUGGCCCGGGAUAUCCCAGUGUCUUGGAAUCAGGCACUUCCUCCCCGGCCCACCAUCAUCUGACCUCAUCUGCUCCCGUGCGAGUUUCCUCUGGCGACAUUUCUAUUCAAAUCAACCAUUUAGACUCUACCUAGAAGAAACCCAAAGUCUUUUCCUUUCUUUGGUCCUGCAAUAUUUGUAGAAAUAAUUUUUUUCCAUUUCAGAAAAAUUUAACUCCAGAAUAUUAUGACAUAGUUUAUACUAAGAAAAAGAUUGAUUUAUUAUGCCUUAAGGGUGUAAGCAUUUAAUGUAGAAGCAUGGUAGCAUUUGCUGGUUUUAAAUGUUUGCUAAUAUUUUUUGCAUAAACUGAAAUUUGUAACAUUCCACAUUUACUAUUUUGUAUCAUUUAGGUAAAACUAUGUUUAAUUUUAACAUUUAAUUUAGUAGUCUUAACAAAAAUUUUUAAAUAAUCAGACUGAAUUUUCUUAUUUUGUA